CUGUGGCACUUGUGGUGUGAGGGUGGCACUGUCUGUGACCUCGCCGCCUCCUCCGUUUGACCUCCCGUGUCUUUACCUCCGCCUGUGACCCUUGCUUCUCCCACCCAACUCUCUGUCUCUCUCUCUCUCUCUCUCUUUCUCUUUCUAUCUCCUUCUCUUCUUCCUCUCUUUUUUUAUCUGCGUUGGAAAAAUUCGCUUCUCGUUUUCUUUCUCGUGGUCAUUUGAAGUGAUGCAGUGGUGGUUGGGGAAGAGGACGCGAUAAAAGGAGGAAGAAGAAGAAGAGGAAGAGGAAGAUCAGAAACAGAAGCAGUAGAAUAACUGGAAGGCGUUUGAUGAAGAUGUGACAAACUGCAGAUGAUAAAGAAAGGGGAAAGGAAAAGAGAGAAAGUGAAAAUGUGAAAGAAGAACUGAAAGAAAAGAUAAUAGGAAUAGAAAACAAAAAUGAGUGGCAAUAACUUACUUGGACGAGAAGAAAAUGAAGGAACGAAAAUGGAAAAAUAAAAAUAAAGAGUAAAGGGAAGAGAAACAAAACAUAACUAACUGGGGAAAGAAUAUUAUAACCAUCGUCAACAUCAGCACUUAAAAGAACCAACAGUGAUGAGAUUAGAUAAAGAUAACUCAAGCUAACAGACAGCCAGAAAAAAAAGUGAUCAGAACGAAGAUUAAAAAAGAAUAACAGAACUGGAAAAGAUAAAGAGGUGAAGUGUUGACGCCAUUAGAACCAUUGAUAUUCAGAACACUGGUUAACAAACAACAAAAGCUAAAUAAAGAUAGACCAACUAGUAGACAAGAAAAAAAGAAAAGAAAGUGAUCGAAAGAAGAGGAAAAACAAAAUAAAACUAUACGAGAACUGGAAAAAAAGAAAGACAAAGCCAAAAAUAGAAAAAGGAAAGAAAAAAGUGAUCGAAGGGAAAGAGAGAGAAAAAAAAGAAAACUCAAUUAAAAAGACGAUAAAUAAAGAACAAAACAUCAACAUUGAAGUACCAAAUAGAACAAACCAAUCACUAAAUAACAAAACAAAAAGAAAAAGAACACUGAUCGAAAGAGGAAAGAGAAAACUGAAGAUAAAUUUAUAAAAACCACCACCACCUCAACAGCAACAAGCACCACAACCACCACCACCACCACUACCACAACAACAAGCACCACCAUUUAGCGUGAAAGCAUCGGACCGUUCGAGCAGUCAAGAUGAAGAUAGCAGUGGUUACCGUGGUGCUGGUGGCUCUCACGUGCUGGCGAGCUGGUAACGUCGGGGCUCUUCCCAGCAUCAUCAAUAUAGGCGCCAUUCUGGACAAGGAUGGCGACAUGCAGGAGCUGGCAAUGCGCUACGCCGUGGAGAGAGUGAACGCUGACCCAAAGAUGCUGCCUCGGUCAACACUGCAGACUCACAUUGACCGCCAGCCUGCCGAUGACUCCUUCCAGGCUUCCAAGAGAGUGUGCCACCUGCUGUCUAAGGGAAUGGCAGCGAUCUUUGGGCCCCAGAGCGAGAAUACAGCCAACCAUGUGCAGUCCAUCUGUGACAAUAAGGAGAUCCCACACAUCGAAACCCGCUACGACUACAAGCUUACUAGGGACGAGUACUCAAUCAACUUACACCCCUACCCACCCGCUCUUAGCCAGGCUUACUACGACAUCCUGAAGGAGCUCAAAUGGAAGAGCUUCGUGGUGCUGUAUGAUUCAAACGAGAGCUUAGUGCGCCUUCAGAAGCUUCUCCAAGACAGUUCCUGGAAGGUGCACAUUAGACAGCUGGUUCCCAAUACUGACCAUAGGCCACUUCUGAAGCAAAUCCGCUGGUCGAUAGAGACGCGCAUCUUGAUCGACGUGAGGGAGGACAUGAUAUACGAGGUGCUCAAACAGGCGGGGCAAGUCGGGUUGAUGACUCAGUACUACAGCUACUUCAUCACCUCCCUCGACUUUAAUCAGAUGGACCUUCACGAGUUUCGCCACGGGGACACGAACAUCACGGGCAUCCAGCUGGUGGAUCCCAACAGCAAGGACGUGAAGGAUCUGGUGGAGAAGUGGAAGCUUGGAGAGAGGCUGAAAGGGAGAAGCUUACCACAGGACAACAGGAUUACGACGGGCGCCGCUCUCAUGUUCGACGCAGUGAUUCUGUUUGCCAGCGCUCUCACCACCAUGGACAAGUCAGGCCAGGUGUCCAUCAGGGAGCUAAACUGCAGCGGCGAUAGGACAUGGCAGCACGGCAACUCCCUCAUCAACUAUAUGAAAUGGUACGGGUCACGAGCUAUAGGAGCCAACACCAGGGACACACACAGACAGCCGUACAGAGGGGUCAGAUACAACCCGUUCGACCCUCGCCAAAAUUUGAACCCUUUAUCUGGCAUGUCUUACUACAACAUGACUGAGCAGGUGCGCGUGGUGGGGCUGACUGGCGUGCUCAGAUUCGACGAUGCUGGUUUCAGGUCUGAUUUUAACCUGGAUAUUAUUGAAAUGGAUAUCAACAACAGGGCGAAUCCUCUGAAGACUGUGGGCAAAUGGACCCCCAAGGAAGGCGCCAAUUUCACCCGUAUGUGGUCCACUGACACGGAAGAUGACAACGGUAUCCUCAAGAACAGAACUCUUAUUGUGUCCACUGCCCUGACCCCGCCGUACACGAUGCUCAGAAAGUCAUCGGAUCAACUGACAGGCAAUGACCGGUUUGAGGGAUUCUGCAUUGACAUCAUUAAGGAGAUCUCCAGACAGCAUGGCUUCAACUACUCCAUCGAGAUCAGCCCAGACGGAGCCUACGGUAGCAAGAACCCAAUCACGCAAGAGUGGAACGGGAUAGUGAGGGAGCUUAUUGACCAUCGUGCCGAUCUGGGAAUAGUGGAUUUCACCAUUACUUACGAGAGAGAAGAGGCUGUGGACUUCACCAUGCCCUUCAUGAACCUGGGUAUUAGCAUCAUUUACAGCAAGCCACAGAAGAAAUCCCCAAGCCUGUUUUCUUUCAUGUCUCCAUUUUCUGUGGACGUGUGGAUCUACAUGGCCACAGCUUACUUGGGAGUCUCCGUCCUGCUCUUCAUCCUGGCCAGAGUUGCGCCCCAAGAAUGGGACAACCCGCACCCUUGCAUCCAGGACCCCGAGGAGCUGGAGAACUCAAUCAGUCUGAGCAAUGCAUUCUGGUUCACUAUCGGAUCCGUAAUGCAGCAAGGAUCUGACAUAGCGCCCAAGGCUGUUUCAACGCGUAUCGUGGCUGGGAUCUGGUGGUUCUUUACUCUCAUUAUGAUCUCCUCCUAUACGGCCAAUCUUGCUGCCUUCCUGACGGUGGAGAGGAUGGACGCGCCGAUUGAGAGUGCCGAGGACCUGGCCAAGCAGACGAAGAUCAAGUAUGGAUGUAAGAAAGACGGAUCCACCUACAAGUUUUUCAUGGACAGCAACAUCCCCACGUAUAUGAAGAUGUGGACCACGAUGUCAAACGCUCGUCCUUCUGUCUUCACCACGAGCAACGAUGAAGGGGUGGAGCGCGCAGCCAAGUCCAAGGGAAUGUAUGCUUUUCUCAUGGAGUCCUCGUCCAUUGAAUACGUGGUAGAGAGGAACUGUGACCUCAUGCAGAUUGGCGGGCUACUCGACUCCAAAAGCUACGGCAUCGCUCUUCCACCUGGGUCGCCAUACACCGCUAAAAUCAGCAGCGCCAUCUUACGAAUGAAAGAAAACGGAACUCUCCAUCGCCUGAAGGAUAAAUGGUGGAAGGGCGAAGGACUGUGUAUGAACGAGGCUUCAUCUGCCAAGUCAAGCGGAGCGGCGGAGCUGGGCCUGGCUAACGUGGGCGGGGUGUUCGUGGUGCUGAUUGGAGGCAUGGCUGUGGCGGCUCUGAUGGCGAUGUGCGAGUUUAUGUGGAACGCUCGAGACUUGGCUACCGAUGAGAGCGCCUCGUUCUGUGAAGAGCUGAGCAGUGAGGUGAAGUUUAUCAUGAAAUGCUCCGGGAACACCAAGCCAGUGAGGAAGAGAGCCCCGCCCACACCCGAGGAGCCACUCUUCACUUACGGCUCCUAUGCUCCAAAUUACGGCUAUUCUGAGAGGAAGUGACGGCUCCGCUACCUUUCCUAUCCCACCACUGCCACCAUUUUGCAACACUUCCACUCUACCACGCCAUUGCUAUUCUUAACCCUCUCAGUACCACGACGCAUUUCCGUAUUCAUUCUGCUUACUAUUUGGUGAUUUGAUACAGAUUUAGACAUUUAGUGGAGAUUGAAAAUAGUGAAAACUGUGGCCAUUAAUCUUCUGACAUCCUUAAAUCUUUGCUACUGUUAAUAAAAUGGUCUAAUCGCACACAAAAUUCAUGGUAAAAAUGCGUUCCAGUGCUGAAGGGGUUAGUAUAUUAUCUAAACCCUGUCUCUUUUAUAUAGAUGCUUUUGUUUCGUUUAUAUACUUCUGUUUGUGUUAGUUAUUCUGCUUUCUUGUUUUGUCGUCUUCUCGUUUUUUUUAAUUGUCGUUUCUUGUAGCACUGUGAUUAAUUUGUUGUUGUUUUCUUAAUUUUUCUGUUAUUUUGUUUGUUUUUUUUGUUUUCUCUCUCUCUUCUUAUCUUUCCUUCACUUUUUUAAUCUUAUUUCUUCGUAUUUUUCUUGUUACACUUUGAGAAAACUAUUAUACCUUAUCCAUCCACAUCCUCUUGUUGUUUCCUCCUCUUCCUCCUCCUCCUCCUUUCCCUCCUCCUUCUACUCCUCAUAUCUACACACACACACACACACACACACACACACACACACACACACACACACACACACACACACACACACACACAGAUGGUCGUUAGAUUUGAAGACUCAACUAACCGAAAGAGAAAAAGAAUAUAAAAAAAGGAAUGGAAAAUGAAAGAAAAAAAAAGAAAAAUGAAAAGAAAACUGCCUUCACUGUACAGUAUAAAGUAGUCCUCGCUGUGUACAUACUGCACCCGUUUUCUGUAGUAGCUAGCGUGUACCGUUUUCUUUGAUGACGUAUCCCCGUUUUCCUCAGCGAUUGCUAAAGAAAAAAAAAAAAAAAAACUUUACCUAUACUGCUCGCUUUUUAAACUUAAUAAAACUUAACAAUCGUAGAAGUACAACAAAGUAAACAGAUGUAGAAAUAGAUAAAACGCAAAAAAAAAAAAAUGACAAAAAAAGUUUAUGAAUGUUGUAGAUAUUCACAAGCUUCUAUUUUUGUAGCCAGAUCUAUUUAUCUACUCAUCAAUCUACCUUAUAUAGUUUUCAGUCCUACACAAACUUCUGGUAAUGACGUAGUUGUAAUGUAACUAACCAAACACCCACGGCAGGCACUUACUUGGUGAGAUUGGAGUUAGGUUAGGUUAGUUUAGGUUAGGUUAGGUUAGGUUAGGUUAUCCAAGUACCCACGAUAGGCAGUUACUUGGUGAGAUUGGUGGUGUUUUCUGUUGUAAUGUAACUGACCAAGAACCCACGAUAGGCAGUUACAAUGUGAGAUUGGAGUUCGGUUAGGUUAGGUUAGGUUAUCCAAGUACCCACGAUAGGCAGUUAUUUGGUGAGAUCGGUUGUGCUUUCUGUUGAAAUGUAACUGACCAAGAACCCACGAUAGGCAGUUUCUUGGUGAGAUCGGUUGUGCUUUCCCUUCAACCCCAGCUAAUGAUUGGCCACAAGCUGACUGUCUGCUUUAACCCCUUCAGUAUUGUGACGCGUUUCCAUAUUCCAUCUGGUUACUAUUUGGUGACUUUAUGCAGAUUCAGAAACUUAUGUGGGGGACUCAAAUAGUGAAGAUUCUGGCUAUUAAUCUUCUGACCUCCAUAGACCCUUCCUAAUGUCAAUAAAAUGGUCUAAUCGUACACAAAUCUCAAGGUAAAAAUGUGCCCCAGUACUGAAGGGGUUAAUGAUCUUUGUCCGGUCGAUAACUAUUAGCCCUUCAGUACCAUGACACGUUUUCUUACUCCUUCUGCUUACUAUUCGGCGUUUUUACACAGCUCCAGAAACUUAUGUGCAGAUUUAGAUAGCGGAGUCUCUGUACAUAAAUCUUCUGACCUUCAUAGACCCGUGCUAAUGUAUAUGAAAUCGAUUAAUCAUACCCAAAACUCAUGGUAAAAAUGGGUCCCUGGACUGGAGGGGUUAAAUCCAAGCUUCUCCUAACCAAGCCAAGCCAAACCUCAAUCCCAACUCCCUUCAUAUUUAUUCUGCUUACUAUUGGGUGAUUUUAUGCAGCUUCAGAAACUUAUAUGGAGAUUAAAAUGGUGAAGACUGUGGCCAUCAAUCUUCUGACUUCCAUAGACUCUCCUAAUGUAAAUAAAAUAGUCUAAUCAUACCAACAAUUAAUGAUAAAAAUGCCUUCCAGUACUGAAGAGGUUAAAGAGACAAUGAAGCAGGUACACGUGUAAUUUGCAGGUGAGGUGACAGCUAAAGGGCGUGUAUAGAGCCUGUCGAAUAGAAAGUAUGUCAUGUGGAGAGCGUGUCGUAAGAAGCGUGUGUCGUGUAAAGAGUGUGUCGUGUUAAGAGCGUGUCGUGUUAAGAGCGUGUCGUGUUGAGAGUGUGUCGUGUUAAGAGCGUGUCGUGUUAAAAGCGUGUUGUGUUAAGAGCGUGUCGUGUUAAGAGCGUCUCGUGUUAAGAGCGUGUCGUGUUAAGAGCGUGUCGUGUUAAGAGCGUGUCGUUUAAAGAGCGUGUCGUGUUAAGAGCGUGUCGUGUUAAAAGCGUGUCGUGUUAAGAGCGUGUCGUGUUAAGAGCGUGUCGUGUUAAAAGCGUGUCGUGUAAAGAGCGUGUCGUGUAGAGAGUGCAUCGGAUCGAACAUGUCGUGUAGAUAGCGUGUCAUGUGGAAAGUGUAUCGUGUAAAGAGCGUAUCGUGUAGAGAGCGUAUCGUGUAAAACGCGUAUCGUGUAAAACGCGUAUCGUGUAGAGAGAGAAAGGCGAAAGUGACGGUGAUACUGCUGCUCUUACUCAUCUUCCUGUGUUUCUUUACUUUCCCGUUUUCUGUUUGGAGUAAAAAUUGAAUGGAGUAUCAAAUUAUGCGUGUAUAUGUAUGUGUGUGUCCGUCCGUAUGAAGCCUCUCAGUGCGUGCGGUGCCAGAGAAUCAACAACAGCAAUGCAUAAACUCCUUGUGGUAAACAGCGACAAAAAAAGAAGAAUGUUAACCCUUUGAGUACCAUGACGCGUUUCUAAAUUCAUUGUUUUUUCUAUGCAGGAGGGAAGCCAACUUAGGGCAACAAAUUAAUAAAAAAGAAGGCCCAUUUGAAUUCUGAUUCCCUAACUAUUUGGUGAUUUUACACAGCUUCAGAAACUCAUUUGGGGUGUUAGAAUAGUGAAGACUAGCUAUUAAUUUUCUGACCUCCAUAGACCCUUCCUAAUGUCGAUAAAAUUGUUUAAUUGUACACAAAUCUCAAGGUUUGAAAUGUGUCCCAGUACUGAAGGGGUUAAAGAAAGAAUAGAGGAAUGUCCACCAUAUUUUAAAAAGAUCAGGAGCGGCUCUAGAGGAAGUGAAAACGUCUUGCAGUGGUUGGGUAAAGAAAAAUGUGAGAAAGAGGAGACAAAGGGUUAAUAAUAGGAUGGAAAUAAAGGAUACAAUAGAAAUAAAAAUAUCUCGCAGUGGUUGGAUAAAGAAAGAUGUGACAAAGAGGAGGCAAAGGGCUCAGAAUAAGAUAGAAAGAAAGAAUACGACAGAAAAAGAUAUCUCGCAGUGGUUUUGGUAAAGGAAGAUGCGACAAAGAGGAGACAAAGGAUGAAUAAGAUAGAAAUAAAGAAUAAAAUAAAGAAUAGAAAUAAAAAAA